UGGGCAAUGAGCUUUCAGGAUAGGAAUGGUAGGAAAUCUCAAUUUAUUUUAUUUUAUAGUAUUAUCAUAUAGAAGUUUCUACUAAGCUGGAGACUUAUAUAUCCCUCUGCCUGUGAGAAUCUCUCGAAUUUCCACAGGCACCUGGGCCACAUCAGGCACUGUUUCUCUCCUGCUUAAGAUCUUUCAGUGGCUUCCCAUCACCUACGAAAUAAGACAAGCUCCUACACUUAGAAUAUAAAGCCCCCUGCGAUCUGGUCCCAGCGUGCCUUUCUGCCUGGAUUUAUCAUUCCCUUUUCUGGUAAUACUAAAUUACUAAUAAUUCUCUCUCACACCACGUUUACAUCUCUGUGCUUUGGCUCUUUACAUGAAACUCCCUUUCCACCUUCGUUGCUUCGUAAAAUUUUAUUUACCCAGGACUCUGUUUAGGCAUCCCCAGCAGGAAGAAAGCCUUCACUGGACCCCACCAGUGUUUAAAAUGUCUUUAGUUCAUCAUGUCCUAGCACCCUGUGAGUUUCCCAAUUUUAUAAUCAUUUUCUAUUUUAUAUUUAAAUGAUCUGUUCAUUUGCCCAUUUUUCACAUAAACAAUCUAGCCUGGGAGAGGUGAUCAGGUCACAGUUAUCAUUGUAUCUCUAGUGCAUAGGUCAAUACCCGGCAUAGAAUAUUUUAUUUAAAUGCACUGACCUGACUUUCUUCUAGCUGGUUUUGUUCUGAGGCCCUGUCACUGAACUCCAUCUCUUAUCUCAGAAGUUGAAGGUCCCCCAUCCCAGAGCCAGCUGCUAAGUUCCCAGAGCUUGAAUAACACCACAGUCAGCUGAAGAGUGGGCAGCCUCAGACACCACGGCCGGGAAAAUGGGGGCCAUGCCGUUCAGACGCCUGUAUCUGUUAUGUCUCUUCAUGUGCAAGCUAUCCCCGGAAGUUGCUGCAGAAGUUCAGGAAUCCUCAGAUGGUCCCGGUGCCCGGGAACCUGUCUGGCUCACAGAUGUCCAGGCUGCCGUGGAAUUCGUCGCUGCUGCUGAGGAUUUAGAAGUACCAGCAGUGUCCGUACUCCACAGUGUGGUGAAAGAUUUCCAAGAUGUGUCAUUUGGAAUCAGCACUGCCUCCGAGGUUCUGGCCCACUACAGUGUUACUGGGAACACCAUUUCCCUCUUUCGUCUGGUGGAUAACAAACAACUGGAUUUAAAGAAUGAAGACAUUGAAAGCAUGGAUGCUACCAAGUUAAGCCAUUUCAUUCAGAGGAACAACCUCCACUUGGUGACAGAGUAUAACCCUACGACUGUAAUUGGCCUAUUUAAUAGUAUGAUUCCAAUUCAUCUUCUACUGAUGAUGAACAAGGCCUCCCCAGAGUAUGAAGAAAGCUUGCACAGAUACCAGGAAGCAGCUAAGCUCUUCCAGGGGAAGAUUCUUUUUAUUCUGGUGGACAGCGGUGUGAAGAAAAAUGGGAAGGUGAUAUCAUUUUUCAAACUAAAGGAGCCUCAGCUGCCUGCAUUGGCAAUUUACCAGACUCUGGACGAUGUGUGGGAUACACUGCCCAUAACGGAAGUCUCAGUAGAGCACGUGCAAAACUUUUGUGAUGGAUUCCUGAAAGGGAAGAGGUUGAGAGAAAAUCAUGACUCAGAAGAAAAGAUGUCAAAGAUGGAACUCUGAUUUCUCCCUGCUUCUUCUGCGUAGGACAAAGUAACUACUUGAUGCCGAAUAAAAAGGGGUGACCCAAACCUCAGAGACAGUAAACAGGAUCACCAGACUUUACACAUACACAUACAUGCACACACACACACACACACACACACACGUGCGCGCGCGUGCACGCACAGCUCCAGUUUGUUCCUUAAAGUCUCAUUGACUCUACUUUCCCUUUCUUUUAAAUUUUACCCUUCCGGUGUUCUCUUCUGCAUUCAUACUGAGUAGGCCCAUGCACCGUCACACAUACCACUGGAUGCAGGCUUUAUGAGAAAUACUGCGCUACUGCUGUGAAGUGACAGCAUUCCUAGAGGGAGAUCGUUCCGGUGUAUCAUUUGAUAUUGAAUUCGUAUACAGCACGCGACUUACACACAACAUCUUGUAGGGUUGCCUGAGGGUUGAAACUCUGCUUUCCUCAUGUCCCUCUCUGACUCAGGGUCAAGGACAAAAAGAUGGUUUAAAAUGCCUUUCUGAAAUUGUCUUUUUGUCAGAAGUAAAAUGGUAUUUCCAAGUCUCUGAACUCAGCAGAAACAGACCGUGUAAAAACUCUAUUCUUGUUUCAAGUUCCUAACUCCCCCUAUAAAUCAACAGCUGCAUGAUAAAUAAAAGGCCAUCAUGUUAUAGGAAAAGACUGGCAUCUCUUUGCAGACCAAAUCCCUUAUAAAUAUCCCGCCACCCAACUCAGCAGAAUGGACCUCCCCCUUUUGUAUCUGCUGUUAGAGUCAGGCCAUGAGCCACUAAUGUGUUAUCGUUCACUGUGGGUGGGAUGGGAGCUGGUAGAGACCAUCUUGCAUGAGGAUUGGUAUAAAUGUGGCAGACGAGCUACGGGAAUCAAAUUAGGUAAAAGGUUGGAGAAGGGGUAGGAGGGGGAGCUUGGCCCCAGGGGCGACCUGGGGCUGGCUAAACGUGGAUUAUUGCAGGUGAAGUGUGCAAUCCAGCCCUUGUGGAACGGAGGGAGAGUUUGGCUGAGUGUCUCUGGCCCACAGGCUGUUACUGUGAACACACAGAUGAGACAUUGUUCCCAGGAGGCCCUUGGCUCCAAAGCAAAGUACCUAAGUGCUGAAGAGCUGAAAAACUACAGUGUAUACCUAAGGACUGGUCCAAGUGGGGAACAGAGACUGAAAGACUUAGUUGUUCCUUCCUGGGGGGAAAUCUCCAUGGCCACUGAGCUGGGAGUCAGCUGCUGGCAUGGACUCUGAAAGCAACUGUGUAUGGUACACCCCUCGGCAACACGAGACCAGUAGAUUCUGAGAAGCCCAUCCCAUCCGUCCACAGGUCUACUGAAAACCACCCAAACAGUCUCCUGCUUAAGGCUGAAAAAUAUUCCUGGGAUAGGCACAUCCCAGAAGCCUCCCUUUGAUACUGCAAACCAGAACUCUUGACAUUUACAGUCAGGAAAUUCUUCCUGAUAUCCAGCUGAGGUCCAGUAGCCACACAAGCUCGUUUCUUCUUACCUGUACUGAGUGGAAAUUCUUAACAGCUGCCAAUCACCAUCACUAAAUGGUACCUUUAACUCCUUGCUGGUUGGUCUUAAGCCCUCUUAUCUAAUCGUCUUUCCUCCAUACUCAUAAUCCAAACUUUUCACCUUUUUAAAAAAUUUCCAAGUCAUUUGAUUGACUUUAUUAUUUCCUCUCUUCCCUCUUUUUCAAAGUUCCCUCUUUCUUUGCUUAAAAUAAUGGGAUUCCAGACUAUCGUAGGAAUUUGGUAAACGCUAAAACAUAAAUUCCCAUGAGCUAUAUUUUAUUCAAUAUUGAGUUAAUUUUUCAAAUAUUUUACUUGAAGUCUUCCCCCUAAUAACUAUGGUCACCACUGACCAUAGGUCUUACAUUUUUACAGUGCAUUUUUCUGCUUGAUUACCUUCAAAUAGCGAUUUUACUAUACAGAGUACUUUGUAUGUGCCUUUUUCUCUUUAUGGUAUUUAAUUUAAUUAUUCCUUCUCAGUUUAUGUUUCUCCAGAACUGAAAGAUAUUUUUGUCUGUCUUCUUCACAGUCAAUCUUGUUCUUUGUACAGGAGUUAUGACCAAAGAAUGGAACUUCUUUCAAAAGAAGAGAUUUAUAAAGGUUCUCAUUCAUUCACUAAAGAUAACACUUAGUAUUAUAAACUUCUGUCAUCUUUAGAUCUUCUCUGUCUUUGAGUAAUAUCUUCCUAAGACUCUAGAUUCAUUUUCCCAAGGCCAUAUUAUUGUUGAAAUAUCUAGAUAUAUCACAGCUAUUUUUCAUUGUGGAGUCAUUUAUUGGUCCUAGCUGGCAAGACUGCCAUACUUUUUUCCUUAGAGGAUGAAGGAAGUGGUGAUGUUAUACAAUAGAACUUUGUAAAAUCUAUUAGAAGGUUUGGAAGACUACAACAGAAGGCAGGAGUGGGAGGAAGGCAUGAGUCAGAGCAAUGCCAGGAAAGUUUGUAUUUGAGUCUCACCUCUUCUGUGCCUGUGGCUUUGUGACCUUGGAAAAAACACUUUCUAGCUUAGAACUUCAGUUCACUGAAGAUAAUACAGUAAUAAUUCAUAGGAGUUUUUGAAAUCCAGAGUGAUAAUACAUAUUAAGUAAGUUUUUCAUUACUUUUAUUUUUUGGUUUAAUGCUACCCUGUCUUCUCUGGGUAAUGGUCGUUUCUCCAAUUGUCAGAACUUAUGGCAAAGGAAAGUCUUCCUUCAGGAGAAAUAGUUGAAAUAACUUUUAAAGUUUUGUGUUUUUGUUAAUCAAUCAAACAUGGAGGCGCUGGGAGUUGAACCCAUGGCCUCAUGUAUGCUAAGCAUGUGCUCUACCACUGAGCUACACCCCGUCCUUCUUUGAAAUAAUUUUUUUGAAUGUAGGCUUUAUUAUUAUCCAUGUGUGGUGAAGCCAACAGAUCAGGAGAUGGUUGCCAUUGAAAAGAUAGUUUGUUACUCACAGUUCCCAAGAGGAGGGCACAUGCCAUGUCACAAAGGGCCACAUGGGGAAACACCAGCAUUGGUCAGGAGACAGAAGAAACAAGGAGGAAAUAUGGGCAAGAGCCUUCAUUGUGGCUUUUGUGGGAAGGAACAGUCAAGGCAGGGUAAGCAGGAUUGGCUGGUUUGAAUAAUUUCAGCAGACUCUGGGCCAUAGAAGCUGUCGCUGGUUGCCCUGAACAUGGCCCUGGUGUUAUUAGGGCAAAUGGAUUUUGUCCCAGAGUGUAAGAGCCUUGUGAGAGUUCAGUAAAGGAGGUGGUAUGGGUACAGAAUAUGGACUUGUUAAUUUGCAUGUGAAAGAAACUCUAGCAGAUGAGUUGCUUACUACCUCUAGAAUUGGCUAGCUCUGGGAGGAGCAAUCUCUCCAGGGUCAGCAAGGCCCCAGAUGUCAAAGCAUCAGAAACAUAUGGUUAAUACAAUCCUCUCACACUCACCUGUCGUGAGAUUUCUCUCCCAACUCACCUAGUUUGGUCAUGCUACAAAGGAAGGCAUACUGUCUUCAUCAGACCCUUAUUAAUACACGUAUACCUUGGGUGUGGAGGGAUAAGAUGGGUAUCAAGUGGUGCAUUAUUAGAGAACAGUUCAUUUAUUCAUAUAUUCAUUCAUUCAUUUAAAUACCUACUAAUCAACUACAAGGAUGUCAGGCAAAGUUGCCUCCUAAGAGAGAAAAUUUGGCCUUGGGUGAUGAGCUAUAGAACAGGGAAGUUUCAGUUGUAGUGACAACAGGCAGCAUGGAAGCCAUCAGACUGAUUCAGAGAACUUUAGGACAGAGAAAGCUGGAUAAAGGAGAAGGGGGUGCUGUGGAGAGGGAUGGAUGGGAGGCUGGCAGUGGGCUGAGGAGCCCCGGAGUUGGGGAAGAGGAACAACAAAGGGACAGAGUCUACCACAAAAGGGGAGAGGCUCAUCAUGGACAAACUUUACUUCACAAUUGAGUUUGGAACCAGUCCUAUUUAUUUCACCUUUCUGGAAGGAUCUGGUUUCCUAAGCAAGGAAAAUAGAACAGGAAGUGGGAUAUAUCUGACGCAUGCUCCUAAUUACAGCACUUUUACAUACAGAGACCUAAGAAUAGAAAAAGAAGGAUGUUUAAAACUUCUUUUGAGUUUUGAACCUUUGAAGAAACGGUACUCAAGAAAUCAAAGAAACAAAUGAAUUUUAAAGUCAUACCUUUGUAAACAAGCAUGAGAUUCACCCUCAUUCAAAUCAUUUCCAAGAUAGGCCAGGGUGUCAUUCUUUUUCUUUCCAAUCUGCAACCAGAGGUCAUUGUUUCUGUGAGCUUCACAGUGAAAUAUCUGAGUGACUCUAGGAGCAGAAGGUAAGGGAGAGUGAAGGAUGAGGGGGUUAAGCUACAUGUAUAGGUUCUGAAAAAUUGUGUGGAAUCCAGACUUUAAUGUGUCGUUGUCCAAACAGUUGCACUAAGUCUUAAUAGCAGGAUUCAAUUUCUACAUUAGACCUACUAGUCUUAAUACAGUAACAUGGUUUUAGCCUGGGCUUGAGGAAGAAAAAAUAGAUGAGAUUUGACCUAAUUCCAGCUGUAGUGAAGAAUUUAAAAAUUAACAAAUAUGUAGUGUUGGACUUACCUGGUGGCACAGUGGUUAAGAAUCCUCCUGCCAAUGCAGGGGACAUGGUUCAAGCCCUGGUCCAGGAAGAUCCCACAUCCUGGGGAGCAACUAAGCCUGUGCACCACAACUUAUGGGCCUGCACUCUAGAUCCCGUGAGCCACAACUACGGAGCCCACGUGCCACAACUACUGAAGCCCAUGCACAUCGAGCCCGUGCUCCACAGCAAGAGAAGCCACCUCAGUGAGAAGCCCGCGCACCACAACAAAGAGUAGCCCCUGCUCUCCGCAAUUAGAGAAAGCCCGUGCGCAGCAAUGAAGACCCAACACAGCCAAAAAUAAACAAAUAAAUCAAUUAAUUAAUUUAAAGUGUAGUGUUACAGGUCAUGUUUCCCAGAAGGAAGACUCUGAGACUGAAUUUCCUUGCAGAAAGUUUAUUGGGGGGUGUUCUUAGGACCUGUGAGGAAAUGAAGAAAGUAGGAUUGGGCAGAAGGAAAAGCUGGGAUGUGAUAUAGUCACACAAUAUCCAGAUCAUCCCAUGGGGCUGUUUGGUGCUGAAAUGUCCUUGCAGAAUUACCCCAAAUUGGAGAAUGGGGGUGGGGCCUUUAUACCCUGAUGUUGAUCAUUUGAUGCAAGCCACACACAGGAAAGGGUGUGAUUGUGGGCAAGGUGACUCUCCUUAGCAGAGGACAAUCUCUGGGUUUGAAGUUAGUGAGAGGGAAUUCUGCUGAGAACUGUCAUCUGUCAACACACCCAGCAGCUGGGCUGCUAUAGUCUGAGUGUUUGUGUGACCCCAGGAUUCAUAUAUUAAAUUCCAACACCCAAUGUGAUUAGGUAUUAGGAGAUGGGCUCUUUGGGAGGUGAUUAGGUCAGGAGAGUGGAACCCUUGUGAAUGGGAUUAGUGCCUUUAUAAGAGAUCCCAGAGAGUUUCCUUCCCCUUCCACUACGUGAGGAUACAAUUAGAAGUUUGCCACCCAGAAGAGGACCCUCACUCAACCAUAUUGGCACCCUGGUCUCAGACUUCCAGCCUCAGGAACCAUGAGAUAUACAUUUCUGUUGUUUAUAAGCCACUCAGUCUGUGGUAUUUUGUUAUUGCAGCCUGAAUGGACUCAGACAUACGGGAAGAGUGCUUCUGAUCUAAAGAAGUUGGGGGUGAUCUGCUCACCACAGUAUCUUCUUUCAGGCUACCAUAAUCAUUGUACCAAUGCUAUGCAAAAGAAUGAGGAAAUAAUAAAUUUGUUUUAUCAAAUAAAAUAUAUAGCUACUUCACUGAA